AUGAUGGACGGAAGGUUGACUGUGACGGAGGUGAACGGGAACCCCCUACUGCUACACUUCCAUUACCAGCUGAGCGACCUUCGCUCAGCCUCCUGGGAUACGAUCCGGUCGAACGACAGCCUCUUUUUGGAGGUUCCUACAGGGCCGCUUGUUGAAGGAAGCAAAGAAGGGCUUACCGCUCUGCUGGAGUAUGCGGAGGAGACACUGGAGGUGAACUCUGUCUUCCUGUGGUUCCAAAAAGGCCGAGAAGAUCGACUGUCCAUCAUCAAGACGUUCCACUACAUGGGCUUUGAGAUGGUGAAACCAGGCAACCCCUCGGUUCCGGCUUGUCCCGACUUGGCCUUCAUGGUUUACUCUAUGGAGAGCAGCAGCAGCAGCUCGGACGAGGAGUGA